AUGUUAGUUCUAGACGGAGCUCUGGAAGAAGAGAGAGCUCCAUCACCACUUCGAAGCAAAGAUGGAGAAGAAAUGUUCAAGGUACCUUUGUUCGCCAAUCUCUCAGCGCAGCAGCGGAUCAUCUUCUCAGCCAGCAGCAACAAUUCAGCCAGGCGCUGCAGCGAGGCAGCGAGAGUUCUCCUCGGGAAUGCAAGUCCUUCACAGCUGCAGGAGGCGAGUAGCUUUGGUGAGAAUCAAAACUUCAAAGCUCCUGGCUCGGUACCUUUCAAAUGGGAAGAACAACCCGGUAAGCCGAAGUCGCCGUCUUCGCUGAGCUACUCGAGCUCUCCCGGGAGCUCUCCACUGUCGUUUCUCCAGCCACCUCCUUGCCUUUCGAUCGGAAGAACUCAGCAGCAGCAAGGACUGUCUCCUCGGCUCGCGGAGAGGAUCAAAAACAUCCUCCAGCUGCGUCUAGCUUCACCACUUCGAUCGCCAAUCUCACUCUCCAAGGACUCAAACUCCGCCGGAGAGAUGAGAUCUUCUCCAGUGAGUAUACUCGAUGCCAGCGUCUUUGGAGCCAGUCCAGAGUCGUAUAGCUCGUCGUCACCGAGUAAAAGGUGUUCGUCGUCCUCAGCAGCGUCCUCGAGGGCUAACUUCCUGGAGCAUCACGCCGUGGAGUCUCCGCUGAGCAGUGGAAGAUUUAAGAAGCAGCUGAGUCUAGAGAUCUGGGACCGGUCUUUGAGAGAGUCGUCCUCGUCGUCCACGGGCUGUGGUUUCUUCAAGAACAUGCUGGGAUGCUGGAAGCUGCAGCACAAGCUCGUCGACCAUGACACUUGUCGUGGUUCUUCGCUGGAGAAUUAUCGCGAGCAGCACCACCAAGAUUUCUCCAGCAGUGAUCAUGUCUUAGGAGGCGAGUUUGAGAGCUUCAAGGAGAGAUCAUACGACGACGACGUCGACUGCGGCGGCGGGAGCUCCGAGUUUGAUCACCAAAGCCGGUGUUUCUACGACGAAGUCGAAGCUCUAGAGAUGGCUGAGGCCGAGAUGAAGCAACCGGCCGACGAAGUUCAUGCUGUCGACGAUGGAAAGUUUGCGACGUUUCCAGUCUCGGCGGCCUUCGUCUUCUCCAAGCCAGCGUUGAAAAAGAGUGGCGUGGUGGCCGAUCGGAAGUUGUCCAAGAGAGUGAGGUUUCUCAUCGAGGACUACUCGAGCGACGAUAACAACGAGCCGCGAGAGAAGAGCGCCAAGAACAAGGCUGACGAUAUGUUUGACGACGCAAUCUCCACCGAGGACGAAGGCUUCCAGCGGCCUGUACGAUCAGUCAUAAGGAGGAGGAAGAAGAAGAACUUGAAUUCGAGUACCUCCAAGUUUCUACACUCUCCUCAGAGUCUAGAAGAGAUCUCGAUAUCUCCAGGAGCUCAAGCGACGUUGGCCAGGUAUGGAUCGUUCGAGAAAGCCUCGAGGGAGACUUUCCAUGCCAUCGCCACCUUCGACUUAGAUGCUGUGGACUCGUCACCUGAUCUUCAACCCAUGAAAGAUGUAGCUCAAAGGCCACCUCCCGGUGGUGUUCUUCGAUUCACAGGAUAAACAUUCGCUACAAGUAAAUCAU